AUGCUUCCAAUAGAAAAAGAAAAUUCAAGAGUUGCUACAACUAAACCAUUAGAUGAACUUUUUACUAAUGUCGGUCAAAAGUUUGAGACAGAGACCGUAAAGCAUGAAGGCUAUCGUUUUGACUACCCAUUAAGAUGGCUAAGAGACCCAUCUGUCACAAAAGCUAUUGGCUUUCGUAGAAUGAAGUUUGUGUCUGUAGAAGAUAAAAGUUUUCCAUUUAUUGUAAGGUUUCAUAUAGAUUAUAUAUCUGAAGGGAAACGAAAAAUGUGGGAAGAAAUUGAGCUAAUACAAGUUGACCUUUCAUCUUCUCUACAGACUGCGUUAAAAAAUAUAGAAGAUAAAAUAAAUUCAUGUUAUGCAAAAUAUGCUGAUGAAUAUGCAAAUACCGAGAGCACACUUUAUGUGAGAAUUGUAUAUGACAAACAAAAUUCACAAGUGUCAUUUCAAAUCUACGAAGACAAUCCAAAGAAAGACGAACAAAUAUAUACAGAAUUCACUGCAAUGUCAUGGUAA